CCGCGAGUCCGGCGCGCAGGCGCAGGGGAGAGUCCGCGUGGGGGAAGGCGGUGCUUGGCCAGUGGGGCUCGCGGCGGGAUAUUCCGGGGCAGCGAGAGCGGAUUUGCUGUCUGGCGCCUAUGGCUGUCUUUAGUGGGCUCUGGGGCCCCAUCACCAGUGCAAGCAGAGCCUUCAGCCAGCGCUGUUUCAGCACCACUGGGAGCCUCUGUGCAAUUCAGAAGAUGACCCGGGUGCGAGUGGUCGACAACAGCGCCCUGGGGAGCACCCCAUACCAUCGCCCUCCUCGGUGCAUCCACGUCUAUAACAAGAAUGGGGUGGGCAAGGUGGGUGACCGGAUACUGCUGGCCAUCAGGGGACAGAAGAAAAAGGCGCUCAUUGUGGGACAUCGCAUGCCUGGUCCCCGAAUGACCCCCAGGUUUGAUUCUAACAAUGUCGUCCUCAUUGAGGACAAUGGGAACCCUGUGGGGACCCGAAUUAAAGUACCCAUCCCCAGCAGCCUGCGCCAGAAGGAAGGAGAAUAUUCCAAGGUGCUGGCCAUCGCUCAGAACUUUGUGUGAACAGAGCCCAGGCCUCUGGCUGCAGGGGGCGUGUGGAUAGAGCAGCUCCAAGAGCUGCACCUUGGCUGAGAGGAGCCGCCUGCCAUGUGGCUGCUGUGCAGGGUCACAGUGUUCCAUGAGAGAAUAAACGUUUUCAUGUA